AUGAUAAGUAAAUUAGAAAGAUUUCCAAAUGAAAUAUUAUUAAAUAUAUUUUCUUAUUUAUCAUGGGAUGACAUGUUAAUAUCAUUAUGGUCAUUAAAUGAACGCAUUAAUUCUCUUGUUUGUUCAAUAUUUUCAAUGAGUAAAAAUGGAAUUAUUGUUAAUAAACCGGGUUUAUCGUAUCGAACAUUUUCCUCAAUAUUAUUACCAUUAAUAUGCAAUUCAUUAUCGGUUUCCUCGUCAAUUAAAUACAUUCAUUUUGGUGGAAUUAAUUCAACUUCUUGUGAUCUUAUUAAUAUCUGUUUUUUCUAUAAUACUAAUAAACAAAGGAUUUUUCCUAAUCUUAGAUCACUUUAUAUUACUGAAUGUUCAUUAUCUCAAACAUUAAUUCAAACAUUAUCUAUGCUUAUUCAACAUCAAUUAAACCACCUUACAUUAAUAUUGGAUAAAGAUGCUUUCAAUUUAUCUGAGGAUUCACAAAAACAUUUAUGCAUUUCUAACAAAAGUAAUCAAUAA